AUGGUCAAGGCGAAGAAGUUGUUACUCAAGUAUGCCGAUGUAUUCUCAUCAAACGAUGCUGACAUAGGAAAGACUGGCUUAGUUCAACACAAAAUAAACACAGGAGAAGAAUUGCCUAUCCGUCAGCGGCCAAGAAGCUUGCCGGUAGAACGUGAAAAGGAAGUGGAAACCAUGAUUGAAGGAGUGGUGAAGGAUGGUGUUAUUGAACCUUCAUCUAGUCCAUGGUAUUCACCAGUGGUGCUGGUAAAGAAGAAGGAUGGCAGCAUCCGGUUUUGUGUUGACUACCGCCGUCUGAACGACGUUACGAAGAAGGACAGCUAUCCCUUGCCAAGAAUUGAUGACACGCUGGAUAUGCUUACAGGAGUAAAGUGCUUUAGCACGCUGGAUCUAAAAAAUGGCUACUGGCAAGUUGAAAUUGACCCUAAGGACAAGGAGAAAACUGCGUUCUCGACGGGAAAGGAUCUGUGGCAAUUUAAAGUAAUGCCGUUUGGGUUGUGCAAUGCUCCACCAACGUUUGAAAGGCUGAUGGAACUUGUAAUUACCGGGCUAAUUGGCGAUGCCUGUCUGGUCUACUUGGAUGACAUCAUCAUCGUAGGCCUUACGUUUGAGGAACACCUUCAAAACCUGGAACGCGUGCUCAUGAAGAUUCAGAGUGCCAACGUCAAGUUGAGUCCGAAGAAAUGUUCAAUAUUUAAACGGCAAGUUAACUUUUUGGGGUAUGUAGUAUCGGAAGAAGGUAUCCGCACGGAUCAUCCACAGACCGAAAAUCGCCGCUGUCAAGGAUUGGUCGGUUCCAAAAGACAAGACGCAGAUUAG